GGAAUUUUCAUAUCGGUAUCAAUUAGCAAGUCCGACAGAUAUUUGUUUGUAAACUGUAGAACAUGCUUGACCACGUACAAGGAGACAAUCACAAUUCACAGAACUGGCAUUUCUUAUGCCAGAAACGAGUAUACAGCGAGUGUUGAACGCGAUGAAACCUCCAGCUGUGGAGGGUGGGAUUGGUGUGGGAGGGAGUGUCAAAAUCUUGCCUCCGGUAGCGUCUGGUUGCUAGUACAUUGCGCAAAAGUAUCUUAGUUACUUUGAAAAACGUCGGUUACAUGAUCAAUACUGGAUAACUACAUUGGAAGACCACGUGCAGUAAAGGAGCGACAGCAAGAUAAGACUACAGAAACCGUGACUCAUACAGGUCUGACCUAACUUACCUUCAAUUUGUAUUGACGGGAAAAUUGAGCCCAUAGCAAGGCAGUUGUCCCCUCGUCCGUGAUCACGUGACUCAGUUGGUAGUGCAGACCCCAGACUGCCCCGCCAGGACUCCGCUUCAUUUCGACGCUGUGUGAUUCCCGGGGAGCGCCAUGCUGCAGCAGAUCCUCACGGACAUGUUCAUCGAACCCGAGCUCCUGGCCGAGCUCAACGAGGACCAGAAGCAGAUCCUCUUCUUCAAGAUGAGGGAGGAGCAGGUGCGCAGGUGGAAGGAGCGGGAGGCUCGGCUGGAGAAGGAGACGGCCGUGACACCGAGGCCCGGGACAGAUACAGGGAAGCGCAUCUCCUGGCUGCUGGGGUCGGACAGCGACGUGUGGGUCUGGGUGAUGGGGGAGCACAGCACGGACCAGCCCUACGAACAGAUCUGUGAUGACAUCAUGGCUGAGAGGGCCAUGCUACAGGCCCAGAAGGAGGCUGAAGAGCUCAGGGCGAAGAAAGAGGAGGAGCUUGUGAAGAGGCUCUCUAAUAUCCACCUGGAUGGGGAGCUGAAGUGUAAGCAGGAGGAGGAGCAGGGGAAAGAUGAGGAGGAGGAGAAGAAGGAGAAGGAGGAGGAGGAGGUCAGGCAGGCCCAGGCCAGACAGGCAGCUGCCGAGGAGCAGAGCCGGAGGGAGGAGGAGCUGAAGAGGAGAGAGGAGGAGGAACGGCGUAAGGCGGAGGAGGAGGUGCGGAGGCUGGAGGAGGAGAGGGCUCAGCAGAUCUACAUGGACCUGAAGGAGGUGCAGCACUGUGUGCUGGGCCAGGAGAGGGAGGACCCGGAGUGGCAGGAGAGCUUGCGCAAGUCCAAAGCGGCAGACCUGCGCAGACGCUCUUUGGCCAAGCAGACGCGGGAAGACCACAGGAGGCGGUCUGUGAGGGCGCUGGAGCAGGGCCGCGUGGCAGCUAUGACCAAGACCUACGGAGGCCCCAAACCAGCCCUCCCGCCAAAACCCAAACAGAGGACCGUAGCUGUUUCAGCUGACCCUCUGAGCCGGAAGCCCGGGGUGCGCAGGACUCAGUCCACCUCCAGUCGGGAGCAGAUUGUGCGAUGGUUCAAGGAGGAACAGCUGCCCCAGCGCGCUGGGUUCUUGAAGGACCAGAGCAGGAUUGCACCCUGGUUCCACGGAAUAAUCGCACGGCAGGACGCCGAGGCGCUGCUGAGCCCGUGUGCCCCUGGGUACUUCCUCGUCCGGGUCAGCGAGAGAAUUAAGGGAUAUGUUCUCUCCUAUCGAUGCCAAGAGGAAGUCAAGCAUUUCCUCAUAGACGCCACAGAGAACUGCUGCACGUUGCUUGGCGACCAGAUCAAGUUUCCUGCUCUGGUAGACUUGGUGGAGUACUAUGAGGGGGAGCCCAUCACCAUGUCAGGAGGAGAGCAGCUGUCGAAGCCUUGUGGGCAGAAGCAGGGUCAGGCGGAUUACGCUGAUCUUUUUACCUGAGCUGGAGUCACUGGCAUCCAGGAAACUCCAGACAAAAGGCUCCCAAUACGGGGCUGUGUGCCAUUAAUUGGAAUUCCUCAACAUCAGGAAAAUGAAUUAUCUAGAAGGCCUAAUCUACAAAACAUCCACCUGGGGCCUUUCAGUACAGCAUGUGUCCUAUGGCCAACUUUUUUUGACAUGAACUGCAGUAUUUAUAUUACCAUGACCACUGAAUCCUUAUCAUAUUUGGUUAAGGUUAAUAGGGUUUGAUGUAACAAAAGGUGAAGUGCUUGGUUCUUUGUUCACCUGCAUGUGCACUUGACUAAUAACUUAAAUGAAUGCGGUUGCUUAGAAUCAGUUGUGGGAAUGGAGACAGGCUAUGAUGUUCUACCAAUAAUGUAAGGAGUUUACUUUGCUUUAUAUUGCCCAGAAUAUGUGGCACUGAUUAAAUGCCUAAAAGAUACAUGA